AAAAGAACAUGUGGCGCUCGCCACACAUGAUACUCCCUGCUCCGCCACGUAUGGCUGCAACGCUCCCUUCGUCCGCCGCAGCAUCGCCGCUGCUCCUCCGCCGCCACGCAGCCGCUUCCCUAUCCUCCCGCUGCCGCCGGCGUUGGCAGCGCCCGGCUGCCACACGGCGAGAUGCACCCGGAGCUCCGCUGGCGAUGCGGGACGCGCGGUGGCUGCCGCCAGCAGCGCCUACCGGAUGCAAUGGCGCGCGCGGAGCCACUCGUACGGCGGCGGCGGCGGGGGAGGCGCCGCACAGAGGAAGCGAGGGGCAGGGGUCGCUGUGGAUGGUCUUGUUCGCCACCGCGGUGGUCGUGUGCGGCUCCUUCGAGUUCGGCACCUGUGUCGGGUAUUCUGCACCUGCUCAAGUUGGGAUUGUGAGCGACAUUGGACUGUCGAACUCCGAGUAUGGUGUCUUUGCAUCUGUCUUGACGAUUGGAGCAAUGCUUGGUGCUCUGACUAGCGGCCGCCUGGCGGACAUACUUGGACGAAAAAUGACCAUGAGGUUUGCAGCAGUUGUAGGCAUUUUUGGUUGGCUUACUGUAUAUUUUGCCAAGGAUGCUAUGAUGCUCUAUGCCGGAAGAGUUCUGCUGGGCUACUGUACCGGAGUUCUUUCCUAUGUGGUGCCUGUCUUUAUAUCUGAAAUAGCACCAAAGGAUAUCCGAGGGGGCCUUGCAACCUCAAACCAGUUGUUCAUCUGUUCAGGGUGUUCAGCUGCUUACAUUAUUGGAGCACUUCUUCCAUGGCGCUCUUUGGUUCUAGUAGGAUUAGUACCUUGUGCUGUCUUACUUGUGGGGCUUUUCUUCAUUCCAGAGUCUCCAAGGUGGCUGGCCAACGUAGGGAGAGAGAAAGAGUUUCAUGCUUCAUUACAGAAGUUUAGGGGAAGAGAUUCAGACAUUUCUGAAGAGUCUGCUGAGAUCAAAGGUUAUAUAGAAUCAAUUCACAGAUUACCUAAGGCAAAGAUUCAAGAUUUAUUUCAGAGUAAAAAUAUUUAUGCAGUCACGGUGGGUGUUAGCCUGAUGAUUUUUCAGCAACUGGGAGGAAUAAAUGCCUUAGGCUUCUAUACAAGCUAUAUCUUUUCCUCUGCAGGGUUUUCUGGAAAACUUGGGACCACCUUGAUUGGCAUUAUUCAGAUUCCAAUCACACUGCUUGGGGCCCUUCUCAUGGAUAGGAGUGGAAGAAGAGCCCUUCUUUUGGUAUCUUCAUCUGGAACAUUUCUUGGCUGCUUUCUGACUGGGUUAUCAUUCUAUUUUAAGGCACAAGGACUGUACUCCCAGUUGGUUCCUACUUUGGCUCUUUGUGGAAUAUUGGUAUAUUACGCAGCAUACUCAGUUGGAAUGGGACCAGUUCCUUGGGUUAUCAUGUCUGAGAUAUUCUCAAUUGACAUGAAAGCAAUAGCCGGGGGCUUGGUAACCCUGGUCAGUUGGAUUGGUUCCUUUGUGGUUUCUUACUCAUUCAACUCCCUUAUGGACUGGAAUCCUGCAGGUACGUUCUUUUUGUUCUCUGCAGCGAGCUUGGUCACUGUGCUAUUCGUGGCAAAGCUAGUACCAGAAACUAAAGGGAGAACACUGGAAGAGAUCCAGGCGUUGCUCAAAGCCAGCACGUGAGAGACUGUGAUGAAGGACGUACAUACGCUCGUUACCUAGAACACAUUUGAAAAAUUGUGGUGAAUACUCUCCUCUUGUAAACUAUCACCUCAUGUAAAUUCUCUUGAACUGGUGAAGGAUGUUCUUGCUAAUUUCACCUCAUGUAAUUCUUCUGCAAUGUACUCCCUCCUUUUUCAAAAUACAAGGCAUGGUUUGACUA